AUGGAUAUUAAUACCAUCCUGUUUUCCAUUGCAUUCUAUUUCUUGAUCUGGUUAUGCAUUUAUGUACUAACCUCAAAUUUAAGGUCCACGAAAUCUGUCAAACUUACUCCAGGGCCUUCUCAGUUUCCCAUCAUUGGAAAUCUUCAUCAGAUUAGCAAAAAGCCUCAUCAAUCUUUUGCAAAAUUGUCAAAACUUUAUGGCCCUCUCAUGUCUGUUAGGCUAGGAAGCAAGUUAACCGUAGUUGUAUCAUCAGCGGAAAUUGCCAGAGAAGUAUUGCAGACACAUGACCAGAUCUGCUCCGCCCGUUCAAUACCCAAUGCAGCGCAGUCACUUGAUCAUCAUAAAUUCUCCAUGGUCUGGCUGCCUGCUUCGAUCCAGUGGCGAAACAUGCGUAAAAUAUGCAGAGAGAAAAUCUUUUCAACGUGGAGACUUGAUGCUAAUCAGGUCCUUCGUCAGGAAAAGCUGAAAGAAAUGAGGGAUUAUGUCAAUAGUUGCAGUAGUGGCAGCGGGAAAGCUGUUGACAUCGGUGAAGCCGUUUUCACGACGUCUCUCAAUCUGGUGUCGAGAUCUUUCUUUUCCAUUGAUUUUGCCAGCUACGAUACGAGUUCAUCUCUAGAACUCAAGGAACUUGUCUGGAGUGUGAUGAGAAGUGUUGGCACUCCUAAUCUGUCAGAUUACUUCCCUCUACUUCGAUCCGCAGAUCCUCAAGGAAUCAGGCGUAACACCAAGUCUCUCUUCCAGAGAUUUUUCGACAUUUUCGAUGGUCUGAUCAAUGAAAGGAUACUUGUCAGGGGAGCUGCAUCAGAGACAAAGAAAAUCGAUUUGCUGGAAGCCCUUUUGGAUGAAAACAUAAAAAAUGAGUCUGAAUUCAGUAUCAAUGUUCUCAAACAUUUGCUUCUGGACUUGUUUGUUGCUGGAAUAGACACAACUUCAGGCACUGUGGAGUGGGCAAUGGCAGAGUUAUUGUGUAAUCCGGAAACUAUAGAAAAAGCUAGAGAAGAACUCAAAAGGGUCAUCGGAGGAAAGGGAUUAGUCCAAGAAUCCGACAUUUCUAGGCUCCCUUACUUGCAAGCAAUCGUUAAAGAGACGUUUCGACUUCAUCCAACCGCCCCCUUACUAGUCCCUCAUAAAUCUAGUGAAGAUGUUGAAAUCAACGGUUACACAAUACCAAAAGACACGCAGAUUUUGGUCAACGUUUAUGCUAUAGGCAGAGAUGAAAGAAUAUGGAGAACCCAAUGUUUUACAUAUAUUGUCGUCACGUGA